AUGGGCAAACGAGCUGCUCGUGCUGCCGGCCCUGCCGGCAAGAAGGCCAAGGGGGAUGGAGAGAAUUGGGUCUCCCGAGUCCUGGUGGACCAGAGCCACUUCCCAGCAGAGGACGUGGCUGACUAUGUUCCCCUGUUUGCACUCUACAUGCCAAUCCCCGUCGACAAAGCCCCUCCACUCAUCACAUGGAGCAAGUUCAGUGUGCCAAUCUGGACUAAUUGGGAGAAUGAGAGGGAGCCUCUUGAGAUCAGAGCCACCACCCACAAGCCCCUAGUUCCGGGAGACCGCUUGGAGCCCUUCUCGGUUGCUGUUUGCAGAGGCUACACACGUUGUAGCAUAAUUGCAUACGCAAUAUGCCACAUGCUGAUGGUGGAAGAUCAAGCUUCCUUCAGCCAGAAGGAGCGGGAGGACUUCACAAGGUGGGCCCUUUGA